AUGUUGGGAACUCCAAGUGUAGAGGAAUUAAGACAUCAGACUUUUGGAGUAAGACAUUUGCAAUGUCUGCUUCUGGCACUGGGCUUAUCUGUGGGCUAUGCUAAUCGUGUUAAUCUUUCAGUGGCCAUAGUGGCAAUGACGGACAUUCAUGAGCACAAAGAGGGUGUGGAGAUUUUUCAAUGGACCGAAAAGGAAAAAUCAUUGGUGCAAAGCAGUUUCUUUUGGGGUUAUGUGCUGACACAAAUACCUGCAGGGCAGUGGUGUCGUAAAGUGGGAGCCAAAGGCCUAUUUCUAUGGGGCAACAUAAUAAGUUCAGCUUUGGCUUUGUUGACGCCCUAUUUGGUCACAGUGGGUGACUGGCAGACUUUAAUGGCAGUUCGCAUAGUACAGGGCCUGGCUCAAGGUGUUAUGUUUCCCUGUACCCACAGUGUUUUGUCGCGUUGGUCUCCGCCCGGAGAGAGAGCUACGCUUUGCAGCUUGGCUUAUGCUGGCACUUUUCUGGGAGCCAUACUUAUGUUUGGGAGCAGCGGCUGGAUAAUAGCCUAUCUACAUGGCUGGCCCACUGUCUUUUACAUAUCAGGCUUUUUGGGUUUUAUAUGGUGUUUCGUAUGGUAUGUCUGGGGCUCGAACAGCCCAUAUUCUUAUAAACGCAUUUCUCCCCAAGAGAAAUUUAUGAUAUUACGAUCCAUGGAAGCACCGCAGGAGAGAAAUACAGAUAACUCUGCUAAAACGCCUUGGCGCAGCAUUGCAUGCUCUAUGCCUUUUUGGGCUUUGCUGGUGGAUCAUUGUGCCCACAACUGGGGCUUUUGGACUCUGCUGACCCAGCUGCCUUCAUACAUGAAGUACAUACUCAACAUGGAUAUACAAAGAAAUGGCCUGUUCUCAGCCUUGCCCUAUUUGAUAAUGUUGUUGUUGACCUUUAUCUUUGGCUAUCUGGCUGAUGUGUUCCAUAAACGUCGAUGGAUGUCCACAAACUUUAGUCGAAAACUUUUUAAUACUGUAGGUCAAUGGCUACCCAUGAUCUCUUUGGUGGCUUUGGGAUUUUGCGACUCCUCCCAUUUGGUAUGGGCUUUGGCGUUCAUUGUAUUCUCUGUGGGCUUGAAUUCGUCCUCAUUUCUGGGCUUUCAAGUAAAUCAUUUGGAUUUAUCACCCAACUAUGCCGGUGUUCUGAUGGGCAUAACCAACUGUGCGGCUAAUGUUAUGAGCAUUUUGGCUCCCCUAACCGUGGGCUUUGUGGUAACCGAUGUGUCCAAUCCUUUGCAAUGGCGCAUAGUGUUCUUUGUCUCUGCUGGUUUCUAUCUGGUGGGGAAUUUUUGCUUUUUGUUAUUUGGCGAAACAGGUGUUCAAAAAUGGAAUGAAAGUUCGCCUAUGCCAGCUGAAAUGCAGUUAAUAGCCAUGAGGGAUAUGUCUGACAAUCGAAAUUAA